UGUGAUUGGGCAGCUGGUUGAGCCCCACAUCGCGUAGCUACACACAACAAACAUGGCGGACGAUCACGCUGACGCGGACCAAAGCAUGGAAGGGCCCACACCUAUUGCUGAAAAUCCACAUGCAGAAUAUGGUCUCACGGAAAAUGUUCAGAGAAUAGCAGAGAAUGAGAAGUCCAAUGCAGAAAAGGUUUCUAAACAGAAAGUGGAUCUACAGUCUCUUCCCACGCGAGCGUAUUUGGAUCAGACAGUAGUCCCCAUACUUCUUCAGGGGCUCUCGGUACUGGCUAAGGAAAGGCCUCCAAAUCCCAUCGAGUUUUUAGCUGCGUAUCUCCUGAAGAACAAGUCGCAAUUUGAAGAUCGGAAUUAACUUCCUGGAGGCGACAGAGACACCCAUCUGUGGCCAUACACACGUACACUUCCUUCUUUUUUAAGUGAAGACACACUGCAUUUUCUCUCAACUUAUUGCUCAUUAACUUAGUUUUUAAGCAUCCAAAAUAAAAUAGUUGUUGCAGAACACCUUUUGUUUGUUGUAGUGGAUUAUGUUGGAAACUAAUAAACAAUGGCAACCCUGUCUGAAUAUUCCAGUAAAACUAUUAUUUAUAUUGCAGUUACAAAAAUGCAUGUUGAGUUUAAUACACGCGCAUAUGAUGUAGAUCUCAUGUCAUCAAGAGCAAAUACAAUAUGUAAAAUCUGAGAUUUGUUCAACUCAUUUCUGUUAGUGAAUGAAGGAACAAAUGUAGUGAAACUCUGGAUAGUGUGUUCAUGGUGUUUACCAGAUGUGUUCACACUUUUGACAGGUUGUUGAUAUUUAAUGUAUUAUUCUCAGUUUAGGAAUGUAGGGUGGUUAGUGUAGUGUGAUGGCUAGGGAAGUAUACUUGUGGUUUUGGGUCCAAUACCCAGGCAAGGUGCUGCUGUUGUACUCUUGAGCAAGAAACUUAACCUUCAUUACUUAAAUAAAAUAUUUUAUACAA